AUGCAUCUAAGCUACAUCAUUGCUAUCCUGACCACCGUCGGUAGUGCCGUCUGUGCGAUCCCUGAUCUACAGCAGCUCAAGUCGUUGCCCGUCGCUGGCGUAGCACAGCCGCCGGUCCAGAUCACCCAGUCGGAUCCUGGCGUCAGCAAGAGAUCGUUACGCGUGCACAAGUUGGAGGACGAGGAAGAUGACGGAGACGAGGACGAGGAAGAUGAGGAGAACAAGAACGAGGGAGAUGAGGAAGAUAAGCUUUCGCCGACGGAGGAAGAGAGAGCCCCAACCUUCUCCUUUUUAACCAAUUUCAAGCCACUUGCCGGGACGUCGACUGCAAGCAUAACACAGAGUGCAGCUUUGAGACGUGCGGAGAUCGCAAAGAAGAGCUACCCAUUGAGUACGACAUCUGGUGCGCAAGCUGGACGGGUAUCCAUGCAACCGGCAACGAAAAUCGCGCCGAAGGUGCAAUCUCUGAGGACGAAACCGGGGACGAAAAUCACUCCCACACUGAAGAGCGUCGACGAAGGGGAGGUAGUGACACCGGCACGCGUGGAUGAGUUGCUUUGGGGACCGAAAACCGUGCAGAAACUGGAUGACGUCGCGGAACCCGCCAUGAGCAGUCAUAUGAUGAUGAAAGUCAUGACAGAGCGCAAUAAGAUAGCACAGAAGUACAGGAUACCUCUUGCAGACCCGGAAAUGACGGCGAAAAAGUUUCGGAGCGCCGUCGAUCAAGACGAUCUGAAGCGGGGGGUCGAUCCAGACGUCAUCUAUUCGACAGCGUACUUGAGUCGGUGGCUCGACGACAUGAAGAAGUAUUCUGGCGUUGUGGCUAAGGAUAAGAACUAUCACGUUUACUACAAACAGAUCACGUCGAAUCCGGACGCCCUAAAGCGGUUCGGGCCUCUCAUGGACGAGACGAGGUACACUGACGAUGUCGCUGCUGCGCUGGGUCGAGGGGCAAAGGGUGCGUCGUCAAAGGAUGAGAAGACCGCCAAACUCCUGGCCGAUGCUCACGCUUACACAAAAGAGGUCGACGUGGUCAAAGCCACAAAGGUUUUCCUUGUGGAGGAUGCUGUGAAGAAGGAGAAGGAGGCAGUCACUCGGAUAGUUAAGCAACAUGCGCAAAAGGCUGUCACGGAUAAGUGGGAUCUGGAGACAAUGAUGAAAACGCUGAAGGUGACCGAUCAGACACCCCGAGACAGCUUCCAGCACAAGGCACUCAAUGAGUUAAUUAUUAGCCGCAUGCGUAACGACCUCGUUCGGAAAGCAGCCACUGGUCCUAAUGGCCUUGCUGACGAAGCCGUAGAAGUCACGCGUGCUCUCGAGAAGAAUGCGCUUGCCCAGAAGCACCUUGUAGACGUUAUCAGUCAGAAGCCUUCCGGUCCAAUAAUGUUGGACAUAGGCGUCGGCAAGAAAGGGUUGAGUAAGCAGCAACUGAAGGACGCGGAAGAAACAUGGACGUUGCUGAAGAAGGCCCGCAAUUUGGGUCAGCAGAUUAAGCUGGGAGUGGGGCACUGA